CUCCGCGGCUCUGGCUGCCAAGGUCAAUGGAUGAUUUAUUGAUAAGAGUGAGAUUCGCUGAUACUGUUGGAUGGGGAGGUGCAGGACAGAGCCAAUCCCACCUGCUGUGUUCUGAUGGAGAUGGAGCUGGUGGGAUCCUAUAAAAGUGCACUACAAGAAGCCAGGUGGAGAGCUCUUGGGCACCCACAGAAGGGACACUUGUCACAAGGCAGCAAGCUGACAGCACGCAACUCUACUAACCAGAAUGGCACACGCUUGGGGAUAUGGUCCUGACAACGGACCAAGCACUUGGCACCAUGCCUUCCCUCUGGCAAAUGGAGAAUAUCAGUCCCCUAUUAACAUUGUACCCGCCGAAGCCAAGUAUGACCAACAUCUGAAACCCAUCAGCAUCAAGUACGACCCAUCUACGGCCAAAGUCAUCCUGAACAAUGGACACGCCUUCAACGUGGAGUUUGACGACUCUGAAAACAGAUCAGUCCUUAGUGGGGGAGCACUGAGUGAACCCUAUCGCCUUAAACAAUUCCACUUCCACUGGGGAUCUUGUGAGGGUCAUGGCUCAGAACAUACAGUCAAUGGAGUCAAAUGUGAAGCAGAGCUUCAUUUGGUUCACUGGAAUACAAAAUAUGGAAGCAUGGCAGAAGCCGUAAAGCACUGUGAUGGACUUGCUGUGGUUGGGGUCUUUUUAAAGGUAGGAGAAGCACAUCCAGGUUUGCAGAAAGUGCUUGAUGCACUAAAGCUUAUACCAAACAAGGGAAAUGAAGCCCACUUUAGUGAUUUUGAUCCUUCUGUCCUACUUCCCAAUUCACUGGACUUCUGGACCUAUAAGGGAUCUUUAACUACACCCCCACUGCUCCAGUGUGUGCUGUGGCAUGUCCUGAAGGAGCCGAUAGCUGUGAGCAAGCAGCAGCUGUCACAGCUGCGUAGCCUUUUCUUUAAUGCUGAAGGAGAUACCCCUUGUUCCAUGGUGGACAACUUCCGCCCAGCUCAGCCUCUGAAGGGCCGUGAUGUGAGAGCUUCAUUCCAGUAGGACGAGACUCCUGCAUCCGUUGGAAGCAACUUUAAAAUGCUCAAUUUCCAUUCGCUGCCUGCACAUUAGGAGUAUCUCUCAUUCCUCAAUAUUUAUCAGAGUGAAAAUAGAGUUUGCCACAGUUCACUAGAAGGGAAAUCUCCAGUUCUCUAUUCACGUGUAUAUGAUUUCUAGGGCUUAUUUAUUAUAAUGUGAACUUUCGCUGUAUGAUAAGCAUGCCCCUAAAAAGCCUAUAGUUGUGAAUUCCCCUUUGGCAUCCUCUAUUUUCACUCUUUGAUAAAUAUGCCCUCAAGUGAGAUUCUGAUUAAUGAAAUGUGAAAAUCGUCUGGGAGAAUCAAAUCCCUAGGUAUAUCAUGAGAUAUUGCCCAUUAGCUUAGCAUUUGCCUUUAUCUUCUUGCUAAAAUAUAUGCUGCACUGUUAUAUUAACAAGAUAGGAAACGGACUCGGCCCUAGGGAGGAAUUCACCAAAACACACGUCAUCCCAAUUUUUAGCUUUAGUUAAUGUUCUCUAUUCAUUUGCAAAUAAAGCAAAUUUACAAUUUGUCAACUAGAAAACGUGCAAAACACCAAAAAUGAAGUAGCAACUGAAAUAGAUGUGGCACGAUGACAUAUUAAUGAAGUGUUACCACUACAUCAUUUAACUUUUAGAUGUGACGUUAUGUUUGGCCUCGUAAAAGACUUAGAAACAGCAAUUGAUGUUUCUGAAUGAAGCGCAAUAUUUUAAUGAUAAUGAUACAUCAAUGUAUAAGUUCGACUUGCGUGAAUUCCCUCCUCGAGUUCCAGGAAUUACAGUCUCUCUUCAACAAAGAAACUUGAAUAUAGGUGCAUACACAGAUAUGUAUUAGAAAUGUGAACCAAUGCUCAUUUCAAAUUUGUUUUAUUUAAACAUAGCUUUUAACAGAGGUAUACAAAUUUUACACUCAUAGAGCUAAUAUAAAAUGUCUUAAUAUCGGUGCCUAUUUUGCACCUGUCUUAACCUCAAUUAGCAGAUGACAUAUAUGAUAAUAUAUAUAUAUGUAUUUUAGAUACCUUAAUAAAAAAGUUUUAUUGAUCACAAA